GAAAGACGCAUAUUCACUCUGUUUGGACAAGAACUUAAUACCAAAAGCUGGACACUUUAAAAAAAUCCAUUUGGGAGUGGGAUUUGGUAUAAGCUCUUCCUCAUUUUUCUCUCUCUUUGAUGCUUUUUCUGAGGAUCAGACAACCCGGCAGAAAAAGUUGUGACAGAUUUAGAAAGCGGCAGCGCAAAAAAGAGAAAAAAAAAAAAACCUCCAGAGACAGACAGACGAAGCUUUGCCCUGGAGGUUUCUGAGGAGGAAACAGGAGACAGAUAAAGAGGCAGCGAUAAUCCGAAGAGACAGACGGAGAGAAGAGGGAGGGAAGAGCACAGCUGUUGUGUGAAGAGAAAAUAAAGAUAAAGAAAGUGUGAAGGGCGAAGGAGAGGCGAAGGAAUCAAGGCUGGAGAGAAAAAGGGACUGAAUCAAAAGUUGAGGAAAAACGGAGGUGAAAAGACACCUGACAUCUACGGCAAGUAUGGAGACGUAGCGAGGCCACAUGAAAGACUUCCAGUAAGGAAAGACGAAGCUGUGUUUGAUACACGAGGAAGACGAGACGAUUUCCUCAUCAUGUUUUAUUCAGCUGGUUUCCCAAACUCAAACAACCCGCGCCGGAAGAGCAACUUCGUCCCUGGGUAGAAUGACGAGAGAGGCAAAGAGAUACCUGCCGAGUCUGUGAUACCCGCUUUUUUUCCCCCUCCUCUCUGCCUCACCUUCCUCUCCUCCUUUCUUUCACUUUAGACGAAGAUCACCAGCUCCCCUCUCCUUCCCUCAAUAUCUCCUCUCCUCCUUUCUCCUCUACCUCAUCUCCUCACUAUGUGGAUACCAGCUGUGCUCCUAUGGAUUCUUAAUAUCAGCAAUCUGUGCUCAGGACAGGACUAUAUGGACUAUUACCAAACUGGAGACAUGGGCACCAAGGCUCCAGUCUUGCCAGAUGACCAGCCCAAUUUGGGCUCAGUGACAAGCGUGGAUCAGCUUUUGCAAGUUUUAUACCCAGAAUACAAUUUACUUCAACACUGCCUGAGGAAGAAGUCUUGGCGCAACUCUUCCCCCUCCUAUCACUCCUCCUCAGCAAGCCCUUUGGUCCACUCUACCGAUGAUGAUCUGUGGGGUCAGCCGAGGGAGGAGGCGCUUUUUAAAAUGGAUGACACUUUGGAAGUCAUCUUAGAGGAGAUCCAGCGGACCUCGUGCCAGCCCAGAGAGGUGUGUGUUGAAGUUGCAAAAGAAUACCCAGAAUCCACCAGUCAGUUCUACCUCCCACGCUGCGUGGCGCUGCAUCGAUGCGGCGGCUGCUGCCCCAAUGAGGCCUACUACUGCACGAAUACAAGUUACACGCUAGUCAACAAGACGUUGAUGGAGCUGUCCCCGCCCAGGAUGGAUCGUUCAGUCGUCAUGGUGACCUUCGUCAACCACACUGCGUGCGAGUGCCUUUCUAAGCGGCCGCUCCACUCCAUCAUCAGGCGAGCCGCGGCAGAUCAUCUGUGUUCCCCGCCCAUAGAUGACUGCGCCUCGGGGUUAUUGUGGGAUCCAGUGAACUGUGUCUGCAUCUCUGCUGACUCCAUUAACUACUCUGGGAGAGAGACAGAGGCGAUUGAAUCGGGUCUGCUGGCUCUCUGCGGGCCAAACAGAGUUCUGGACGAGUCCACCUGUGACUGUGUCUGCCGAAACGGACUCACAGAGGCCAGCUGUGAUCCAGGCUGGAAACUGGAUCACAACACCUGUGAAUGUCAGUGUGAAGGUCAAAGCGAGGGGAAGUUGUGUCCCACAGGUCAGCGGUGGGAUGAGGAGCUGUGCGGCUGUGUGUGCGCUGCAGACUGUCCCGGGAAUCAACCCCUCAACCCAGACACCUGCCUGUGUCAGUGCAGAGAGAGCCCACACUCGUGUCUAAGGCAGGGCAAGAAGUUCAAUCCCACCACCUGCAGCUGUUACAGGCUGCCUUGCAGAAAGCUCAGACCUGUGUGCCAGAGAGGUUUUUACUACAGCCCCCCAGUCUGCCAGUGCAUCCCAAACUACAUGAGGCCUGAGUGGAACUAGACACAGAAAAGAGCAUGACUGCAUGCUAUAGUUUCUUUGCCCUUGAGCAUGAGGCUUGAAACAUUUCAUCCUGGCAAGAAGGAGGAUGGAUGAACUACAUAUUUAUAAGCACAGAAUUACGACAGACACUUUGAGGGACUUUAUGCAGACUUUCUGUUAUGCUGCCAAGGAGGAUGCUUCCCAGGUCCACAAAAAGUCCCAAAAAGCCACAUGUAUGCAGUCAACUUGUGGAGCAACCAUUCACACCUUAAGACUGUCUUAAAGCAUGUCAGCAAAGGCAGGAUGGACCAAUGAUACUCUGAUCUGUUAUGACAUGUUUGAGCUCGAUAUUGAACCACCGAUCCACCACACCAGUGCAGCAAAUAACUGUGAGAAAUGGAAAGUGGAAUAAAGUAAUAACACACCAGACUGCUUUUUUCUAGCCCUGCAGGCAACUUUGGCAACAACAUAUUUGAGAGGUUGAAGGAUUUAUUUUGCAGUAAUCAUGUAAAGUGACUUUGCCCGAGGCGGUUUAUAUUCCCUCUUCAAGCUGAGGUGGAAAAGGUGACAGUAUAUUUUGGUUUUUUGUUGCAGAAAGCAGAGGCUUGAUGCCAGCCCCUGUUCAAUAAAACGCUAAUUUAAACACUCCCAAACAGCUAUUAUAUCCUCCAGUUUCUACUUGCCUCUACUGCUGCUGCUGUUUCAUACAUGGCUGAAUUCAAGCACAAUUUACUGUAAGACUUGGAUACAGUCCCACUUCUUCUGGUAAUUUAAUUUUACACAAUUUAUGUGAUGCUAUUUGUAAAUAUUAAAUCUUUGACUUAUUUAAAGUGAUUAUUUGAAGUUGUGUCACUGUAAAUACUGUAUUUAAGUUACUUUCUAGACAAAAAAAUGCUUUGAAAUGUCUUUUUCCCUGCAGUUUUAAUGAUUGUGGAGAAUUUGAAUACUGUUAUUAGUCAAUUUGCCUGCACUGUACCAGAGCUCAUUUAGGCGACUGUAUAGCUUUGCUAUGUAAUGAUUUUUUGGCCCAACUAAAACAUUUCAUAUAAGGCUGAGGUUUUACUGCAGUGAAGAAAUGAUUGUAUUAAAUGUGCUCCAUAAAUGUAGAUAAAGAUGGCAAUCCUGUUAUCCCGCUAUAAUUAUAUAUUUAAAGUAGAUCUGAAGUAUACAUUAAAGCCUUGUU